CACCUCCCUGCAUUUCGGCCUCUUGGGCAACAAAACGUGGUUUUGGUGGAACCAAAUAUUUAUCCGACGUUUUUGAUCCAAAUUGUUCCGGUUUAGCGUUCUAGUGCGGUUCAAAGAGAUCGGCUUUACUGUGUGAACACGAGAUUGUUGAAGUGCACCGGAAACGGAACGGUUCGUGAGUGCUAGAGACGAUUAAAGAUUUUCACACCUCGUUUUUCCAAGUCAGUUCCAAGUUUUGACAGCAAGAGCAGAAAGCAGUUCUUGUUCUUGUUGUUCGUAACAUUGUUUUUCGUCGUAUUUCUUUCCCUUUCCUUAUUUUCUGCUGAUUUUGUGCGAGUUGUCACAUUUUCCCAGUACCUAUACAGAAAUAAAGCGAAGGAAAAUUCAAUAAACAUCCGGAAAAAAAGGAAUCCAACAGUGGUGUAAAGUCGGAUAUCCUCGAUCGACGGAUUGGAGGAAGCCAAAAGCUUUUCGGAAAAAAGCUACAAGGCAUUAGUGAUCAAAAUAGUGCGAAUUCAUCUAUCGUAGUGUUUUCUUCUGUGUAGGAAAAUUAUGCUGUUUUCCUGUACAGUGAUAGAUCACGUUCUCUUUUCAAGGUAGUGAAAAUUUAGCUAAAUAUUUUCUUGGCAAAGGCCAGAUUAUGUCAUCGGGGUUCUAUUCAUAGCCUGACAGUCAGUUGAAGAGAAUUCGAUUGUUCCAAUAAAGAGUGGGCAAUAACAAACAGGACAAGCUUGAUUACAAUUCUCGUCAGGCAGAAUUGGUGCCUCCUAACCGGUCAUUUUCAAAUUGGAAGAAAAAGCAAUAAUAAUGGCCAAUUCCGUGACAGUAGCAGCCAGGUGCUGUCUGUCGACCGUUGCUUGAUCUGAAGGGCGCGACAAGGAUAGCCUGAGCUCUUUCACCGAAGAGAAGUCAACAUGGAGCGAAAAGGAGAUCGAUAAGGAAAACUCCCAAGAGUUAGAACUUCACAAGCGGAUAGUAAAAUAUCAAAAUAAAAUCCAACUCAUUCAACACCUCAAUAUUUGAACUACGCGAUAUUCUCAUCGGAAAUUUUCGAAGGAGUGAAAAAAAAAACAAAAUCAUUUUGCUUUAUUCGAUUUUAUUUUAUUUUCAUUCCACAAUUCCUACGAUUAUCGGCAAAUAGUUGUUGAAAAGAUUUCAUAAAUUUCUGAAAAAAAGUUCAGGUGAAGCCACAAGUAAUAAAGAUCGAAUUUGCAGAGCCAUCCAUUCCUCUGAUUUGUCAAAAUGGCUUCAGCUGAUCCAGGAACCAACAACAGUAGCUCUAGUUCAUCCUACGCUAAUGUACUACUCAACAUCAAGGAACAAUCUCAGAAGGAGCAGCAACAGCAACACCAACAACAACAGCAGCAGCAGAAUGAUAAUAAUAAAGAGAACAUUCGAGCUGAGAAAACAUCUUCCAAUCCUUCUAACGUUGUAACUUCAUCAGCAAUUUCAAAACAACCAGAUGUGAUGGCUAAAGAAACUGGAACCGGCGACAACAAUCCGAUUGUUGGUUCUAGUGCAACUGGGGAAGAUAUCGAAGAUGAUGCCAAUUUCGUUCCAGUUUCGCACAACAAGCGCGAUCGCCGUUCAAAACAGAAGCCGGCAAUACCGGCACCAUCCAAUGUGGGCGGUGAAAAAUCUUCCAAACCCUCUCGCCGCUCUGGAAGAGGUGGAGGUGGCGCAAAUGCCAGUAGCCAUGCAGGAACAUCUGGUCAAUCUAAAGACGUUGUUGAGAAUACUGGAUUACCCAAAGAGAAAGCUAAAAGAAAAUCCGGAGAACGACGUCGUGGCGGACGUGGAGGUGGAGGAAAUCGCAGUGAAGGAGAUAAAGAUGAAAAAACUUUAGACAAGGAUUCCCAUGGUGAAUCGCAGGCCCCAUCGGCCAAAGUGAGCAGCGAAGAUGGAUCAGAUAAAGAAGCACCGGUCAAAUUUAUCGAAGCACCACUGCCAAAAGUUAAUGCUUGGAAGGUAACUCCAAAGGUUGAGCCAGCUCAAAUUCCCAGCAAAGAUGUUCGUCCACAAAAGGCAAAAGGAGUGAACAAGGAAGAGCAAAAGAUUGCAGUAUCUCAACAGCACCCAAAAUCGGUACAGCCUCAGCCCACUAAUAAACGUGUGCUACAACCUAAUCAGCAACAAAUGAAGGCUCCUUCGCAGCCCGCGGCAAAGCCUAGUGCACCACUGAAAGUGACUCCAGACCAAGUUAAAUCUCUACCAUCGACCAAGGAGAAGAAAAAAGCUAGUCAAAAGCCCGAUGAAGCACUAUUGUCUAGUAGUUUGGAUUGGCCAACUCUUGUGGAUCCCCCAAAGUUCCCUGGAGAACAAAAAAAGCAAACUAUUGAAACAAUGUCUAGUGCUGCAAUAGAAGUAACUCAAGAGAUAGAAACGAAAAAUUUUGCGGUUCCAAAUGAUUCAUAUUUGGAACACGCUAUUAAUGAAACGACUACAAUAGAUACUGAUGCAAAUCUUUCUGCACUGGAACAAUCUUCUGUUCCUGCCAAACAAAAGUUACCUGUCGAUGACGAUUCGAACCGACCGAAAAGCGCGGAUUCUGGGGAUAACAAUGGGCACAAUGGAGCUAUUAAUCGGAAAGGUCCUCGUCCAAAGUGGGUGCCGUUGCCAAUAGACAUUCCUAAACAGCGUGGUCGUCGUGAGAAAACUCCGAGAAGACGUCGUUACGAUGAUUACGAUAAUGGAAGCGGAUGGCAUCAAGAACGACCUUCAAUACCACCUCGAUCUAAUAGAAUUCGAUCGAGUCGUGGUGGCGGGAGAGGAGGAGGAGAACUAGGAGCUCCUUCAACGGGCUCUAUCCCACCAUCUUCAUAUCGUGGCGUUCGUGGAGGUAGACUCUCUAGAGGGGGAGUAGUCCGACGUGGAGGACUCUCAUCCAGAGGUGGACACUUGAGUGCAAGACACAGUGACAGGGGUGCAAUCAACACGGGAGGAUCCCAACCACUCGCCAACGGCAUCGAAUUUGGACAAGAAUUUAACAGUGUUGGACAAACCAUAGGGAAGGAUCAAGCUGCAUUCAUGAUGCCUUAUCUCAGCACAUUUUAUUACAAUGGAGCGCCACUUAUCGGAAUUGAUCAGAUUAAUGUUAAAGAGUGUAUUAAAAAACAAAUUGAAUAUUACUUCAGCGAAGAAAACCUCAACCGUGACUUUUACCUAAGACGCAAAAUGGACCCCGAAGGAUUCUUGCCGGUUACGCUUAUUGCCUCGUUCCAUCGAGUACAAACAUUAACAGCGGAUCUUGGUAUUAUUAUCGCAGCAAUACAAGAAUCAGACAAACUGGAAUUGGUUGAUGAGUACAAGGUGCGUACAAUAUCCGAUCCGACCAAGUGGCCGAUCGAUCCUGCAGAUGUGGGUACACACUUUCAAUCCGAAGGAAAUAUGGCAGUUGGUAAUAUUGUAUUAUCAAGCACAAUACAUCAACAGGAGAAUGAUAGAACUGAGCCUAACGCUGCUGCCCUGCCGGUUGCUUCGAAAAUACUAUCAAGUAUUCCACCUCCACCUAUGCCAAGAAAAUUUCGAACCCAACCUGGAUUCACCUCUCAGCCAUAUUUAGGAACCGAGAGCAAGAUGGAAAUAGUUCCUACUUCUGUGAAACCUAUUGGAAUCAAAUCACCUGUAGGCUCUGAAUCAGAAAAUCUAAAUCCCAAUGUACCUGAGUUCGUUCCUACGUUGGGACUACAAAAACAACCUUCAGAUCAAACUUUUAACCAACCUACAGUCCCUAGUUCCAACAAGGAUGGCAAAGAGAACAUUGCUCAGGAUUCAAAAAACGCCGUAGGGAAAUCUAAUUCUAAAUCAGUCGACAGCAGCAAUAAGCCUACGGCUUAUUCGGAUGCUCCCACUGUCACUGAAGAAGCUGAGCUGUGGAAAGAAGUGAAACGACGCUCUCGAUCGGCGCAAUCGCUACAGAAUGUACAACAGCCACAGAAACAAGAUCAGGAGUUAUCCGGCAAAAACACCGCAAAAAAAGGAUCUCCCGCACCACAGGAAUCAGCCAGAACAGGAGCAGUCGGAACAUCGACUGUAGCACGACCAUCCCAUCCUGACGAAGAACGGGAAGAAUUAGAUUUCCAAUUUGACGAAGAAAUAGAUAUCCCACGUGGGGGUGGUCGUGCGAAUCAUUUUACGGACAAUUGGUCUGAAGAUGAUGACGAAUCAGAUUACGAACUCUCGGACCAUGAGAUUAAUAAACUUCUCAUUGUGACUCAGGUAAGCAACCGUGCGCCGAAGCAUGAAGGCUAUGAUCGAACGGGAGAUUUUUCGACUCGUACCAAGAUCACCCAGGAUUUGGAGCAAAUUAUCAAUGAUGGUUUACAUAACUACGAAGAAGAUUUAAUAACGAUUAACUAUCGGCGGGGAGGAAAUUACAAGACUGUCAAUUUGAUUUCGCAAGAAGAAUUCGAUAAGAUAAUUCCAAAGCCGCCGAAACCAACUCAAGAAGCUCCGCCUCCCCCACCACCUCCAACAUUUGUAGAUACGGCUGCUGAAGAUGAUCUUCUCAAUGCAAGCACAUUAAGUGCAGCACAUCGUCGUAAGGCGCGUUUCUUUGCAGUUAACAAAGAUGAAUUUGUUGAUCCCAUCACACCUCGCAAACGCAAAACACGCCAUCUAACUAAUCCUCCUGUUGAAAGUCACGUUGGUUGGGUGAUGGAUGCAGUCGAACAUAGGCCGCGUACUACCAGCGUAGGAAGCUCGACCGGAACAUCGCCCACGGCCUCUAGCUAUGGUUCGCUGCCUCAAAGCUUGCCAACGUUCCAACACCCAUCCCAUUCGCUUCUGAAAGAAAAUGGUUUUACGCAACAAGUCUACCACAAAUAUCACAGCCGCUGCUUGAAAGAACGCAAACGCAUGGGAUCAGGUCACUCACAGGAAAUGAAUACUUUGUUCCGGUUUUGGUCGUUCUUUCUACGGGAAAAUUUCAACAAGACAAUGUAUAAUGAGUUCCGACAGUUGGCUCUCGAGGAUGGCGCCGAAGGUUUUCGCUAUGGAUUGGAAUGUCUUUUCAGAUUCUAUUCCUACGGAUUGGAAAAGAAAUUCCGCCAACAAUUGUACGAUGACUUCCAGCAGGAAACAAUUAGGGAUUAUGAAAGUGGUCAACUGUAUGGUUUAGAAAAGUUUUGGGCUUUUCUGAAGUACUACAAAAAUGCUUCAAAGAUGAGUGUCGAACCUAAAUUGAAAGAGCAUCUUGAUAAAUUCAAAUCGAUCGAAGAUUUCCGCGUGGUGGAGCCGCAGAUAAAUGAAAUGCUCGAAGGCGUAGGUAAUCUAAAAUCUUCGCCCUCGAAACGAAGACCUCGCAGCGUAUCGGAGAGUGAAGGAGUAACUGCUGUUGCUGGUCCAAGUCACGUUCGACGUUCGAACAAUGUUGGAGUCUCUGGUUCUGCAGGAAGUUACAAUCAACAUCAGUACAGUAGAAAAAGGUGCGAUUCUGCGGGAAAUCGGAUGGUAGAUGUUUCGAAUCGUCCAAGCCCAUCGCAACGAAUUCGGACUGGUUCCUUCGGCGAUGGUGCAGCAAAAGUUAUGAGUGGAAGACCAAGAAGUGGUUCAGCUGGUAACAAAGUUGUAAGAGUAACACCUAACGAACGGUCUGUGAUCAAUCGUGGCGGAAAUCAAUUACCGAAUCACAGUAAACAAAAACAGCAAUCGACACCUGGUACCAGCAGCAGUACCAGUUCAACAAAACCCACAGAUACGUCCAGCACAUCUUCAUCUGGUACAAAUGCUCCUAUUGAAAAAACAUCUUAGUGUGGGCCAUGGAAAAAUAUUAUCUACUGAUAAACUUUCAAAUUUUUUUUUGUUUUUCGUGGAGGGUACUUUCGUUGAAGAAGUGUGCCAACGCUGAACACAUUGCAUUGAGAGGAAAACGUAUUUAUUCACAGGGUCUAAUAAGCUAGCUAUCACAGAUCCAUGGUAAAAAGUGUAGAAAACAAUAACACAGUUUGUUGUCACUUUUCCUAUUCGUGUCGCUAAUAAAUCACCGUAUUUUGCUAUGACAUUUUUUGAAGCCUGAAAUUAUCUGUUCUUUUUUUUUAUUUACAAUUCGUUUAUGCCAACCAAUUCAAACUCUUUUCAAAGUAUAACAAAAACCGAAUGUAAUUUUUAUUCACAAAGUUUUUGUUUGAAUUAAUAAACACUUGAAUCAAAAAGUACCUACACAAAAUUAUAUCUUCAAAGUUAUAGGGAAAUAACUUAACUGCCAUCUCAAAAUAGCACACCACUCAAAAUGAUUUACUACGUUGGUGGUUAACGAAAGCUUAAAUCACAUUUUGGAUGUAAUUUGUUAAAAAUAUUGCUUUUUUUCCUCUGCACAGCACAUGAUCUAUAAGUUUUAGUCAAAGCGCAAGGUUUAACAGUAUAAUCCGGAAUUAGUACAUUAAUCUACCACUUCAAUAGAACAAUAAUAUUUAGUUUUUCUAUAAGUUCAAUAUAAAUCCAAAACUGGGCUAGACUCGUAAAAAUAUUUUUUAACUAUCACGAUGUCAAUCUUCAACUUUGAAAGCAUUUUCGAAACCUUCGUAGCAAUAAAAGAUAUUUCCCAGUGCGAAACCUACGUUGAAAAGCAACACCAAGACCUCUAAACAAGACUUCCCAAAACAACGGAUUCUUAUUUGUACCACUAUUCGCAUUGAUAAUGCAACAAGUUUUUUGUUUGCGAAUUAGGUUCAACUUCAGAUAAUGAUAAACUGAAAAAUAAAAAAAAAUACAGCGAACGAAUACAAGUAGGUAAUACACUUAAGCCUUAUGUGAGUUUAAUUCUAUGAUUUAUCAUAUAGAAUUAGUGUGACUACUAGAAUUCAAAUCAACAUUUUUUUCUUUUCUUGUAGUUUGUCACUUUUCAAACUUAAGUUAACUAUUUUUUAAGAAUUGUUUUCCUUGGCACUAUAACGUAAAUGCGCUAUUAAAAAACGAAAUACAUACAGUACCGUACUGUGGAAUCAUUUAUAAAGGGGGUAAUGUUGAAAAAAAAUUAUUAACUGAAAACAAAUGAAAAAAAAUAUAAAAUGUUCAAAAGAAACAUAAAAAUUAUAGUCAUAUAUUGUAAUUAACAUUGUGAAAUCGAGGAACCCAUAAACUGUAAAUAAAUACCUAUAUAUUCGAUACACCUACAAAAAAAUAAAAUAAAAUUAAAU